AUGGGCCCGGCCGCGCUGCUGUCCUUGCCCGGCGUCCUGCUGGGCCUCUGCCUCGGGGACGGCCUGUGGCCUAGCCGGCCCGUCGUACUGCAGGCUGGCCCGGAAGUCAGGGCUUCGGGGGCCCGGCCUCUGUCCCUAGGGCUGCUGGAGGAGGAGGAGGCGGAGGACCUGGCCGCGCUGGGGUCGGAGUCCCUGAGGAACCUGCUCGAGCUGGAGCCGGAGUGCAGGCAGCUCCUGGCCGCCUUCGCCGACGGCAGCGUGGAGUUGACGGGCUGCUUGGUGCGGAGCGCCCGGCCCGUGAGGCUCUGCCAGAAUUGCUACCCCUACUUCCGGGAGCUCAACGAGCGCCUGGAGAACAUCACCCGGGCUGCAGGGAACACUUCUGACAGCAGCAAAUGUGCCAAAAGUCUCUUGAUGUCUGAUAGGCUACAGAUUGUUGUGCUCCUGUCCAAGUUUUUUAAUGACACUUGGGAGAAAGCAAACUGUGCAAAUUGUUUAAAGAACAACAGUGAAGGCUUAUCCAAUAGUACCGUGAAAUUCCUGGCCUUAUUCAAUGCAUCGCUGACAUGCUUUGAACACAACCUCCAGGAACAGGAAGACAGUCUUCUAGUAAGUAACUACACACAAGUAUGCAAAAACUGCAGUGUGACGUAUAAAAACCUAAAUGAUCUGUACAAGAGGAUGCAAGAGAGCAGGCAGAAACAUGAUGCUGAAGAACAAUCUCAUUUGUGCAUUGAUGUGGAAGAUGCAAUGAACAUUACACGGAGGCUUUGGAGCAGGACUUUCAAUUGCUCUGUCCCCUUCAGUGACACGGUGUCAGUGGUUGCUGUUUCUUCAUUCAUUCUCUUUUUGCCUGUCAUUUUUUACCUGAGUAGCUUCCUUCACUCGAAGCAAAAAAAGCGCAUCCUGAUUCUCCCCAAGCGGAUCCAAUCAACUGCCAGUCUUGUGAACAUCCAAGAAAAAUGCCACUGAACCUGCAGAAUGCAAACCAGAGCAGAGUGUAUACUUGAUUGUUCUAAAGGAGACGAUUAUGA